UUCAAGUCACGUCUCGGAGAGGGAGAGAAAUAAUGGGAAGGAGACAGGGAGAGAAGAAAAGGGAGCGGAGUCUCUACGAGGCAGCCAUUCAAGGGGAAACGGCCUUACUGAAAGAAAUACUUGGCAAAGAUCCGCUGAUUCUUCAACGAGUAAAGAUGGAUUGUUUCGUCUCCACUCCUCUCCACGUGGCCGCGUCCAAGGGGCACCUAGAAUUUGUCCGGGAGCUGUUGGAUAACAACAAGGCACUCGCCCGAGUGCUGGACAACCGGCGGUGGUCGGCCCUCCACCUGGCGGCGGCCAACGGACACGACAUGAUUGUGAAAGUUUUAGUGGAAGCUAACGCCAACAUGUGCUUGACUCCGGACGGCGACGGCAGAAAUCCUCUGCACCUGGCGGCCAUGGAGGGGCACGUCUCCGUAUUUCGCGUGUUCUUUGAGAACAAUCCCCAUUGGAUUCUUGAGGUGCUCAAAGCUAUAGAUGGCGGUGGCAACACCAUCCUUCAUCUGGCUGUCAGGAACAAGAAAUUUGAGGUCGUGAAGUUGUUGCUUGAUAAAAUAAAAGAUCGAGUGAAAGCGAUGAACAUACAAAAGACAGACAACCCCGCAAACACGAUAAACAAAUGCGGGUACACGGCUCUGGAUAUUUUGGAGGAAAUCAAAUCUUCUGAAAUACUACAUUUUCAAAAAUCGUUUCAAGAAGCUGAUGCCUUGAAAGCUGUUGCCUUGAAAGCUGUUGCCUUGAAAAUGAAAGAAGUCAAUCAGGUUGAGGAGUUGUCCAAGAAGCAGGAAGCGUUGAUGGUGGUGGCGUCGCUUAUCGCAACCAUGGCUUUCCAAUCCGGGGUGAGCCCUCCUGGUGGUGUCUGGCAGGAGAAUUCACCCCACGAUUCAAUAGACGACCAUAGAGCUGGAGAAGCUGUGAUUGCUUAUAGCCACCCAGACGCAUAUGCAGGGUUCCUUCAUGCCAACACAAUAGGAUUUGUGGCAUCAAUAAGCACAAUUCUGUUUCUAUUGACCGGAUUGCCCUUCAGGAAAAAGUUGCUUACGCACAUCAUGGUGCUGAUCAUGUGGCUCACAGUUACAUCCAUGGCAUUUACAUACGCAUUUUCAAUCGCCGUGAUCACCCCAACAAGGAGCCGGAGUCAGUUUGACUAUGCCAUUUCUAUCGGGGUGAUUGUUUGGCUUGGGGUGAUCUCUGUUCUUCUGGUAGCCAACACCAUUAACGUGCUGAAAGAGUUGUUGAAGGCAAGCUGGCAUAAAAUAAAAUCACUGAUGGAGGAGUUGCUCAUCUCACCUCCAAGUGACCAAACCCUACCAACUUCAACCCUACCAACUUCAUCUAAUGGGGAAGGCAAAAUUGGAAAAACUAGGACUUUCGGUACUAAACUUUGUAAAACUAGGACACUUUGAAAAUCUUUUCAAAACUAGGACUUUUAAAAAUUAAUUGGACAAAAAUGCCCCUACUUUAAAUUAGCUAUAAGAUCUUGUGUUCUUCUUUCACACACAUUUUCACUCACCCGGUCAAUCCCUCUUACUCGUCUUUCUUUCUCUCCAUCUAAGUGUUGUUGCUUCUUCAUCAAUCAUCUUCUUCAAUGCCAUUGUUGUUCUUCCAUUUGCAGAUCUAAUAGCUUAUGUCCAUACCAGGCAUGUAUUUAUUUUCUUAUCUUUGAAAAACUUUGGCCAAUGAAUCUUAGUAGCUUGAGUGAUUUUAGAGUAUUUUAUCCUCUUCUCUACUAUUUUUUAAAUAAAAACAUAAUGAGUUUGUAAAUAAACUUAGUCCUAGUUCUUCAU